GAACGAACGCCAGUCAGUGUAUCGCUGGUACAGUCGUCGUCUACAAGCACGUGCCACUCGCUCAUUAAUCGAAGUCGUCGAUCGGCAAGUGGUCGCCGGACACGAGAGAUCGAGUCUGAUGUCUAACUUCAGUGCUAUGAACAAGUUUCGGUGGUGGAAAAGCGCCGCAAUGAUCUUGAUAUUCAUCUUGGCGAUCCUACCAUCCCAGUUGGCUAUUGGUUCUAACACUUGGCAGAAACCGGGUUGUCACAAAGUAGGUCACACAAGGAAAAUCAGCAUACCCAACUGCGUUGAAUUCCCCAUCACGACCAACGCGUGCAGAGGAUAUUGCGAAUCAUGGGCGGUACCGUCACCCGCGGACACAGUGAUGAUCAACCCACACCAGCGUAUCACGUCCGUUGGCCAAUGCUGCAACAUCAUGGACACCGAGAACGUAA